AAGGGAAGGAUGGAAGGGGGGUGCUGGAAGAUGCCUGGUCCCCGCUUGAAUUAGGGAGUCCCUUUGUACCGGUCUCUGGCUCUUUGAAUUAUCCACUCUGUUCUGAUGGAGUCGGCAUAAUGAGCAGGAGUUCAAUUUAAACCUCUUCUCUGGCUCUCGCUGAAAGAAACGGUUCUUUUUAAGCUUUAAACGUUUCAAAACGUACACUGAGUGCUCAUCAGUUUCACAUGAAGCUGAUCGUGUUGUCACAGACCUUGAACAAGCACUCCCUCGGAGACUAAAUUAAUGCAAUCCCCCUGAGAGAAUAUCAUGUAAUGGUGACUUCUGCUAAAUUUGUGUUCUACUGCCACCCUCUUGACUUCCACCGCUACUUGUGGGYUCAGAAUUUGGAUCUGAUCUGUGUAAUACAACUCUGCCUUGCUGCAGUUUUGAUAUCACAUUACCUGUUAUUGGCAAAAUGAGUUACCAUGCUCUCGUUCUGCAUGUAAAACCUCGUAAUGCCUCUCCCGUCGUACGUUACUGAGCAACUGAGUCCCAGGAGGCCUGCAUGGCAUGAACGGAUGAGCGAAUCCAACCAAAACUCACCUAUAGAGGCAGGAGGAACAAUACUGCCAAAGUGUGAGACAAUAAUUGAAAGUGAAAAUGAAGUCCUGGAGCUCAUGGGGCGAGUGGAUGAAGGAGUCGAGGAGUUCUUUACAAAGAAAGUGCUUCCCACUGAAACACAGAACAAGCAAGAUGAAGAAACCAUCACCCUGCAGGAAGUGGCUCCCGCCAGCUCCGUCCCUUGCCCACCACCAACGAAAACGCUCAGGAGGAAGCUCGGCGACUUCUUCACGCUMAAGAAGAAGCGAGGCUUAAAGUCAGAACCGAGCCAAGAGGGUCGGCCCAAGAAGGCCUCCAUCGCCGAUCUCAUCCGCCCCCUCAGGGAGGUCGCCAGGUCAGAGAAAGACAAGGACCGAGUGAAGGAGCACGACAAGGAGAACGAAAAGGAGAAAGCGAAACCGCACCUCGGUGCUGUUCCUGGAGAUCCGGCUGUCCAAGAACCACCUGUUGGAAGCGACGCACCACUGAGGGGUGAGGCCGCACCUCCUCGCCGAGCUCUCAGAGAAGGGAAAUCCCAGUCCCUCAUUCUGCUGUCGGGAUCAGCAGCAGCUGGGACCACCAAUGGCAGAAACACCGCCAAGAAACCGCUUGAAGGCCAACAUAGCUUUGAGCAGAAGCUCCAUCUGAUGCUUCAGCGCAUUGGAGUUUCCAAACCUCAGCCUGGAGACACGCAGAAUCAAGAGAAAGAGAUGAAAAAGGCUGAAUCUGAAGGCACCAUCAUUGACAGUAAACCUGAACCUCCGUCUACUUUCUCAAAACCUCGAACAAUGUCUGCAUCAUCAGACACCCGGCAUCAAAUUCGAGUAAGUGUGUCUGCACACGAGGCAGCUGGGAAACCUGCUCUCCUUCCAAAACCAGUACUCAAACCAGGUCCGCCUCCCACAACAUCUGGGCGCAACACGCCUGAGAACGAGCUAGCACAGAUACAGGAAGCAGAGACGAACACACCCACUAAACUCAGCCCGACCACAGUUCCAUCGGCUCCCGCUGCUCCCGACCCGGCUGCCGCCACCACCUCCACUGUACCGACAAUCUCAGACUCCGUCCCCGACGCAGCCAGCGUUACGGUUUCUCCUUCAAGUACUGUAGACACAGAAAUAUGCACUACUGAAGCAGCUACAACCCCCACUGAUGAUGCAGUCAGUGAGAACAAAGCCUCUGUCCCUAAAACCACCGACACUACCUUUGAGGCCGCCACCACCUCCUCUGAGUCUGUCACAAAAACUCCUUCUGUCGCCACCCUGGAAACUGCUUCUGAUCCCAGCAAGCAAAGCCCAGUUUCCACAACACCAACAGAUCUGUCAGUGAAGGCAACUUUGCCGGAGCUAAACGGCGUUCUCGCAAAGGAUGCUGAAGGUGAUGCAGAUGUUUCUGUCACCGCUGCAGCUCCUUCGUCCCCCACCAGCACAUUAGAUCCAGGCCUCACAGGCCCCGAAGCUGGUGAAACCACACCCGCUGCCUCCAGCGCCUCUGAAACAUCAGUCUCUAAAACGACAUGUCCUCCCUCCAUCCCCGACGAUACGAUUACAGUUUCUGUUUCACAGGAAGAAGUCCCCGUUCCCACAUCCUCCACCAUUGUCUCGGCUUCCCUUCCUCCCACCACCUCCUCUUCUUCUACAACAUCUGUAACCAUCACCCCAUCAUCCUGUGACCACAUGAGCUCCGUUUCUGCACCUUCAAACAUCCAGGCAGCCCUCCUCAGCCCCGAUGAGAUCCCUGCUCCCUCCACUUCUUCCAGUGACACCAACCCAACGGACACCACUUCCACCGCCACCAGUUUGAACCAUGCAGAUACAACUUCCACCAGCAGUCCAGCCAUCUCUGCUGCAAUCAGCUCCUCUACCGUUUUGGAUCCUGUCUCUAAAGUGACCCCUUCUGGUAACAAAUCAGGUGCAGCUCCUCACCUUCUGACGAGUCCACCUCCUUCCAAUGAUAGUCCAUGCCAAGACCAUGACUUACAGACAUCCUGUGAAGAAGAGGCCAAGGUAGAAAAAGCAGAAAAACCCUCAAAAGUUGCAGAGGACAAGGAGCUCGAUAUGAUCAAAAACAUCGAGUCAACUGAGCCCGAAAAGAAGAAGGAAACUGUUCUCAAGGAGACGAAGAGUGAAAAUGACAAACCAGCGCUUGACAAGAGUGAUCUACCAAGAAAAGAAGUUCAAAAAGAAAGCGUGAAAACUGAAGACGACACAAUGUCUGAACCUGGUAAAGAAGGUGAGCAGAGCAGAGACGACGUCAUCUCUGAGCCUCAAGAGCAAGAGGCAACUCUGUAAGUGGGUGAAAAGUAAAAAAAAAAAAAAACAGAGAAGUUGCUGAAAAUGGGACCAACAACUGUGACGGGCAGAAGAGUCCACAGUGAAGUAUACCAGGGUUGGGAGGGGAUGGAUCCAUGGCACUUCCUACAGGGACCACCACAUUACUGCAGCACACGACAAAGUGGAAUGGGCCACUGGACCAAAGAACUGAGAUCCCCUUGGUGAGAUGUAAUUAAUAAAUCCAGCAGUGUCUUUGUCCUUUUUUUAACUUUCGUUUGAGAUUUUACAUUGCACGUAUGAUUAUGUACCAUAAGAAAAAUACACCAUGUUUACAAAAGAUGGAUAAGAGUUAUGACUAUUAAAUGGAUUAUUCAACUGA